AUGUUCAUUGUCAGCUCAAAGCUCUUUCAGCCGUUAAUUAUACUUCUGCCAACACCCAUCCUAAAUGGAAUACUCAAAUAUCCAAAUUCCAUUAAAGACAGAGUCUGGAAUGACGAAAUUUCUGUUCAAAACCUAAUGCAAGUUGUACAACGAUGUAAUCAAAAUGCGCUUGAUCAAAUUAUGAUUUAUCUUAUAACAGAAAAAUCCCUUGAUCAAAGGAGUAAACCAACAAAAAUUGGUAAUAUAAUACAAACAACUAAUUGCAUACGUUCUGCAACAGGCGCAUUCAAAGCUCCAUCAUCAUUAAUUGAUUCCAGUGCGCUAUUUGCUAAGUUAUACGAUCUUGAUCAGCCACAUGAGGCACUUCCAGAUUUGGUUUAUCGUGAACAAGCAGUUGCUGAGAAGUUAUGUCACUUAGGAUUAAUGAAAACAUAUUUGCCAUUGUCUUAUGUUGAAGAACGUGCAAAUGCUAUAGAAAAAAUGAAUGAAAAUGAAUAUGAAAAAGCCUGGGAACGUAGCAAAUUGUUACUAAAUUGUUUAGAUCAAACGUUACAAAAAACGAAAACAAGUGAAGAUAUUAAAAAGUUAUUUGAUAUCAAGUUUAUACCGGUCAAACAAAAGCCAUUAUUAUACAAAAUGGAAUGGUACGCAACGAAUAAGAAACGAUUCUGUGCGGCUACCGAUGAGGCCUAUAGCGACUGUUAUGAAAAUCUUUGUGGUAGUGUUCAUUUUCUAUAUGAAACUAGACUGGUUAGUGACAGAGUAAGUGAAAAGCUUUGUUUAAGUAGAGAAAUAAGCAUAGAAUCAGUAGUAAAACAAAUGCAUAUACUAAAAGAUGAAUGGUCAAAAGAAAAAACUUUAUUGCCAACAAAUACAAGCACAACAAAGGAUAUAAAUAAUGUUGAUCAAUUUAGAUACGACGUUAUCAGUCGUAUUUAUGAUUUUAUAGGCCCCAAACUAACAAAUGAUAAUGUCGUAGAAAAAGUUAAGAAAUUAAUGCCAAAAGAAUAUAUUUUUGUUGAUGGACAGUUUUAUAGUGUGGAUGAUAUUGCUCAAGUUGUUAAACAUCCAUGUGCACCAUUCUAUGUUCAAUUGCCAAAAGCGUAUCAGAAACACAAAUUAUUCAAUAAGUUAAGUAUUAAAAUGUAUUUCACAUGCGAAUAUUUUUUUAAGCGCUUAAAAACACUGAAAGAAAAAUAUAGAGAUGAUCCAUUGUCAAACAUAGAUUUAGAUUAUGCCACUAGAAUGAUACUGGAAUUAUCCGCAAUUAUAAAUGAAAAAAUACUAGAUAUAAAUGAAGAAGUUUAUUUACCUGACAGUAUAGGAAUAUUAACGUCGACCAAACAUUUAUGUUUUAAAAUAGAAAGCGAACAAAACAUAUUUGGAGAUGAUAUUCCAACAUUGCACAAAGGCAUACCAAUGGAUAUUGCACAAAUAUUGGGCGUAAAAAUAUUUCAACAAAAAUUGAUUGAAGAUUGUUCUAUCGGUAUUCCAUUUGGUCAACACGAAGAACUAACAACAAGAAUUCGACAUUUAUUGGAGUCAUAUCCGGAAGAUAAAGACAUUUUAAAAGAACUACUACAAAAUGCAGAUGAUGCUGGUGCAACGAUAGUUCACUUUAUUUUUGAUCCACGUAAUCAUUCAGCAAAAAGCAUUUUUACACCACAAUAUGAUCUACCAAAUAUAGAUACAAUACAAAACUAUGCACCAGUUCAAGGUCCAGCAUUGUUGUGUUACAAUAAUAGUCAGUUUUCACAAGCUGAUUUCAAAGGCAUAACUGAUCUUGGUGAAGGCAGUAAAAGUAGUAAUAUAAACAAAAUUGGCCGAUAUGGUGUUGGGUUCAAUACAGUUUAUCAUCUAACAGAUGUUCCCACAUUUAUUUCGUCAGAUAAAUUUGUCAUAUUUGAUCCAUUACUUAAAUACAUGCCAUCAGUUACAAAAAGUAAUCCAGGUCGUCAAUGUGAUGCAAAACUUCUCGAAAAGUUUUCUGAUGUACUACAAACAUUUUUACCAUCCAGUUUUGAUUUGAAAAAUGGAACUAUGUUUCGUAUACCAUUACGAGUUAGUAAAUCUGAAAUAUCUGACAAGGUCUACGGACAUUCAAGCAUGAUCAAACUCCUCAGUUGUUUGGCUAAUGAACUUCCAGAUUGUAUGUUAUUUUUAAAGAGUGUUCGUUCAGUUAAAAUAUCCACAAUCGAUGAAACGGGUCAAAUAUGUAGCAUAGAUGAAGUCAUUGUUCGACCACAAAGUUCUGAUGAUGAAUCUAGUAUGAGUAAAGUGCGUAAGACAAUGGCCAAUAUUCAAAGCUCGUCAUCGUUGCUUGAAGGCACUCUCCAUUCAGUGCAUACAUAUUGUGUUGAUAUUUCAUCGACAAGAUCUGGUACAAAAUCCUAUUUAAUUGCUGACGGUUUUGGUUUCACACCAAGUAUUCAGAAAUCUACAUAUAAAGAUGUUCUCGUACAAUUUAAUACUUUAAAAUGUCUUCCAGUUGGUGCAUGUGCGUAUCUGUUAAAUGAAGCAUCAAUUCCGCAAACAUUGGACUCAGCUAAUUCAAAUGAUGAACAAAUUCAGCAAUCAUUGAAAGAAUAUUUCCUAUAUUGUUUUUUACCGUUACCGAUUCCCUCUCAUAUUCCAAUGCAUGUACAUGGGUGCUUUUAUCUAAGCAAUGAAAGUCGAUACAAUUUAUGGAAAACCGAUAAUGAAAAAGAUGUCAGACGGUUGUGGAAUGAAGCUCUAGCAGAGCAUUUAUUAAGCCAAUGUUAUGUGCAAAUUGUUUGUCGUGCAGCUGAACAAGUUCAAAAACACUCAUUGUCGAUUGAACGAUAUUUGACAUUGUUCGUGAAUGGCACAAAUAAAAAGAAUCUUAUGCAGCUAUUAAUCAAAAAUGCAUAUGAAACAUUCUUCUCUCAAGAUCUAUUUAUUAUCCCAACGCUUACUUUUGAAUCUCCACGUAUUUUCGUGUGGACUUGUGCAUCUGAUUCUAAACUAUGUUUUAUAAGAGAGUUUGAGUCAUUCAUUGCGAAAUCAGAAAAAUGGACGAAUUACCCUAUUACUGAGUGUCUUAAUUCGUUGUUAUUGAUUGGUUUGAAAAUUUGUGAUCGCCCGGAACUGUUGGAUUUAUUGAAAAAUGACAAAAAUACCAUGUAUGAUCUCAAUGCUAUCAAACUAUGCGAUGAAUUGCGUGUAUAUCGCGGCUUGCAUCAGAGAGAAAUAUUACCAAUUGAUCGUACAGUUUUCACCUUUAAUUCCUUAUAUUUCUUUUUAUCAUUUAUACUAUGCGAUGAGAAGGUACAAACAGGAAAGUUAGGUGAUUGUCCCUUGUUAUUAAGAGCUGAUGAGAAAGUAUGCAGUUUCGAUGAAAAAAAACCUCUAUAUGGCUUUCAUAAUGUGAAGACCUUUCAACGUUGCCUUUACCAAUUUAUGCAUCCAAGCUUGUUAGAUCUUUUUGGCACUAAAGAACUUCGAAAACGUUGGUUAAAAGACUUGAGAAUCAGUGAUCUUGUUGACAUCUUACCAAAGGUCCUGAAUAAAGAUAAGUUUUACCGCAACAAUUGUGAACAGUUUGUUCAAUGCAAGAUAAAUGAAGACGUUAAACGAGAUAUGUUGAAUAUAUGGCAUAUAUUACUGAAUAAUUUAAAAUCAUUUUUGUCAGAUAAAGCCAUUUCGACUGUUACAAAUAGAAACGAAGUGAAACGUAUUCUAUUACAAGAGCUUGAUCCGAUUAAACAUUGGUGUUUAAUACCCGUUGAAUCGCAUAAUUUGCGAUUAUUUUCUAAUCACUCAAACGAUGAUAAGAAAAAAGAACUUCGAUUUUCACCAUUUACAUUCGUAGACUUGAUGCUGUAUCAAGAUCUCAGUUAUAAAUCGGAACUUUAUUAUUUAUCAAAAGCAAAUGUUCAAGUGUUGGAUCUGACGUUUUUUGGCGAUAAACAGGAUAAUCAGCCUACAAUCAAUAUUUUGAAAGCCUUGGUACAGAGUAUUCAUGAACCAUCACAAGUGCUCGAUGUUUUAGUAACAUUAUCAGUUCGUACACCUGAUUUCUACGGAAAACUCGAUGAUGACGCGCAUAAAAGUAUUUUUAGUUAUUGCGAAACGGUUUUUACCAAUUUAAAUAUCAAUCAAAGCAAUGAAUCUUAUGCAUUAAAAAUCGAACAACUGCCAAUAUUUAGGAAUGUUUAUGGAUGCUAUGAAAAACUUGAAAGAAAGAGGCGAAUACGUGUACUCCAUGGCAUACCACUCAGCUAUCUUAAUAAGAUUAGCGAACAUCUCGAUAUACAAUUUCUAACGCAAUCCGAUGAAUAUAGCAGCGGUUUACUUGAUAAGAAUUGCAAAAUAGAACAACUAAUGGCUUGUGAAUUUUACAAUAUCGUACUGGACUGUUUAACUAAAGCUCCGGUGGACGAUCGCGUUACGCAUAUGAAUUAUUUACGAACUACGUCCAAUUCAUAUGGCGCAUACAAUUCACUCAAAACCAAACUUCAGGCUUUCGAAUUUAUAACGAACAUUGACGGAAAAGUCCAUACUGCAUCAUACUUCUACGAUCAUGAUAUAAACGCAUUUCGGCUAGCUCUUCCUAGAGAACGUUUUCUUCCAACAGAGUUUAGUGAUAAAGAAUGGAUAUCGUUUUUGUUGUUUAUUGGAUUACAAAAUAAAAUAAACGAAAAAAAUGCAUUGUUCACUAUGCAUGAAUUGAACAAGAGAAACAUGAAUGAUGAGCAUGGUAUACGCGCAGCGUUUGAAAUUAUGAGAAAAACCGAAGAAUUUUCAGAUCAGUUUUUCAAACAAGCAAGUUUGAUUAAAUUCAUUCCUAAUAGUGUUAGUGAGAAAUUAAUGCAUAUCAUACCAAUACCUCCACAUUUAAUAGCUACGCAGAAGGCUUGCACACAGACAAAAGCAGAUUUAUGCUGGACAGAAAUGGAUAUUUUGCCUAGAGAAUUAAUAUCAUUAGAUUCGAAGAUUUUGAAACGAUUCGAAAUAUGUGACCAACCACAAUUAGAAACAAUAAUACAAUGUAUAAAAAAAGUUUCCCAACAUUUUUCAAAUAUUAGUGGAAUCACUGAAGAGAAUUAUUUGAAUUUAUUAAGUCUAUGUCAAGAAUGGUGUCGCGCACUUAUUGAGAUUGAUGAGAAAAAUAAAGCAGAAUUGCAAAAUUUAAAAUUCAUACCUGUGAAGAGAACGAAUGUACAUGAUAUGUUUAGUGCCAUCUUAGUGGCACCUGAAGAUAUCUUUAUACCAAGUUUAACAUGGUACAAAACUAUAUGGCCAUAUUUAUUCGCUAUUGAUCCAGACAAUAACGAUUACAAAAGUGGCAUCUUGCCAUUUCUACGAUCAUUUCCUGUUCCAAAUCAACCGUCACGUAGUCAGUGUGCUCAAAUAUUAAAACAAUUUUACGAAAAAAGUCCAAAACUUUUGGAUCCAAAUGAUCGUGUUUCCGUUGUAACAGCAAUUUCAUAUUAUAUCGAUGCGCCAAAAACUGAAAUAAAAGAACAAAUUAUUUACUUGCCAAAUCUUUGUUCUACUCUUAUAUCCACUCAAGAAUUGUACUAUAUCGAUCAAACAAGAUAUAAAGAUUUAAUUACCAAAAGUAAAGAAUUAAAACAAUUGUGUUUUUGUCAUACGUUAUUUGAAAACUACUUAGAUGAGCACAAUAAUGUGUCAAUUCCUGUUAGUUUCCUACUGAAGGUAAAACUGGAGGAUAUUUGUAAAGGACCACAAAUUAGAACCCACUUUUCGGACUUGAAACCCAUCUCGGACAUAUUAGAUCAACAAAUUAGCGAUGAUGGCAUAAAAGAUAAUACAAUCAAUAUAUCAUCAUUGACUGAUACAAUCCAUGCGACUGAAUUUUAUUAUGCCAUUAAUCGUAUUGUACAACACUUUUUUAGCGCGCAAGCAACAGAAGAAAAUAUUAAAAGAUUAAUUCAAUUUCUUAAUGGAUUAGAAGUAUAUAUCACAACACAGCCGAUUAAAGAAGUGGUAUUUAAUAAAAAAACAGGUCAAAUGAUUGCUGAUAGUGAGAGUGAAUGUCCAUCCCACUUAAAAGACAUAUCUAAUAAUGAAGGUAUGAGUUAUUUGUUAUAUAUUUCUGAGAAUAGAUCAACAAGGAGAGAUGAACAUUUUUCUAAAGAAUUAAGCAAAACGAUUCAAAAACAAUGUUAUACUAUCUUCGGCGAUGAUCUGUAUUAUAAACGAUUAGAGCUGUUCGAGGUUAUUUGUGAUACAUUACUCAGUGAUGCGCACGAGUAUGAAGCGAUAUUGGAUAGGCAUAAUCUGUGUGAAUGUAAACAAUAUGAUUUUGAUGAUCCACCAUACGUGCCAAAACUGGGUACUUUAGUUUCAUCAGACGAUUAUCAAUAUCUUGUACAAGGAAUUUAUUCGUGUGCGCCAGGUGAAUACAUUGCACGAGAAAUUCGUAGUGGUGAUGCUGAAAGUGAUUUAAAAGAUUUGAAUAUUACAACAGAUUAUCUACCAGAAUAUUACCAUGCACGAAUUAUUAAGUUGGUUGAAGACCAUGUUAAUGACUUUCGAAAAAAAUAUCAAGUUGAAAUUGAAUCUGAAAAGUAUGAAAUUAUAACCGGUCUUUAUUUGUAUCGAUUUAGCUCGUCGUCAUUACAUGAAAUACAAACAAAGAAUAAUGAUGAUGUGAAUAAUAAAGAAAUGAUGAUUACAAAUAUGCCGGUAACAGCAGAAGAUAAAGCACAUAAAUUUAAAUGUUUAGAAACAUUAAAAGAACAAAUUGACAAAGAUGUACAACUUAUCAAAGAUUUGCCCGAAGGUGAACAGGCAAUAGCAAUUAAACGCUUGAUGUUACGUUAUCAUCCAGAUAAAAAUUUAGAACAAAUAUCUUUAUACACAGAAGCGUUUAAAUAUUUGAAACAAUGUAUUAGUCGUUUAAUCAAUGGAAACACAGUAUCUAGUGAUUCAGCUUAUGCAGAAGCUCACAGUGAUCGUUUUACAAAUCCUUCUGACGCAGGAUUCACGUACGCCGGUAGAAGAACGAAUUUCUCUUGGUAUUUUACUUCAACAAACUCUUCUGGUAUGAAUUCGCGCAAGAAACAGAGGCGAAAACGUGAUGAAUGUCAACAAAAAGAUCCCCAACCAUCUGUUGCACGAAAAUGGUUAUUGCAAGCAUAUUAUCAUUUGAAAGCAUCACGUGAAUGUCAAAAAAGUGGUAUUUAUUUGUGGUGCUGUAUUACAUCCUACUACGUGAGUCAUUAA